GCCGAGCAAAGCACAUAGGGCUUCUGUAGACGUCUCCUUCGCGACACAGUUUUUUAUUCGCAGUGUUGACUGUCAAUCGUGAAUAAUAUAGCAUUGAAGCGGUGAAAACUUUGUGCAAAACAGUGUUAUCAACUAGAUCUACACAAAGUGUGUUCGUGGAUUGUUCUGCAUGUGUCUUGAAGAUGGGAUCGAUAUUGGGACCGUCGCCUUCACAUGAAUGUCGCUGGGUAGAAUUCAGCAGUUCUCAACCCUCCAACUAAUGCCGAUUCGAAUCUCCACUUCUGUGUGAAACGUUGUGAUCAGGUGUUUAGCCAUGGUCUUGGCAAAUGUAUUUGGCUUUCCUUCUACCACGGGAUUAGCGAGAUUCCUAACCCCUGCAACACAACCUAUACUACAGCUGCCGUGUGCCAAAGUCACAUCUUGCCUAACUUUAGUUUUGUUGAUAUGUUUUGAAACUGUUCUCCUGUCAACCGUCAGUGAUUGUACCAAGUCGUUCUACGUCCACUGGAACACCACCAAUCCAAUAUUCAGGAUAGACAACACAGAUCACAUAAUAGAUGUGAACAAGGGCAACAUACCUUUCGAGUAUGACCAGGUGAACAUCAUCUGUCCCGUGUACACACCUGGCACUCACGAGGAGGAUGCCGAAAAGUACAUUAUUUACAAUGUAUCAAAAGAAGAAUAUGACACUUGCAGGAUUACGAAUCCAAAUCCGCGUAUCAUAGCAAUCUGUGAUAAGCCCUACAAGCUGAUGUACUUCACCAUAACCUUCCGUUCAUUUACUCCUCAACCGGGAGGAUUGGAAUUUCAGCCUGGGCAAGAUUAUUAUUUCAUAUGUUUGAGCGAGAACGGUUUGAGUACACCGGGGUUGAUCAGCAGCCAGCCGCCCCGCCCGAGUCAGCGUCCACAGACCACCAUCCAGACACCUCAGCCCCCUCUGCAUCCUCCCCACCACAAUCCCAACCCUCCUGCCACUCCACAGCAACCGCACCCCGUCAAGCCGACCACUUCUUUCGUCAAGCCCACCACUAAGAAAACAAACGAUAAUGAUAAACUGCAGAACGAGGUUGUCAAAAAUGAGGAGCUAACCUACAAUAAGGCUCACAGCGUGACGUUUUUGGCCAACUUGUGGCUGUAUGCGCUGAGCUUGGGUGUCACCUGGCUGCUCAGGCGAUAGAGCUGCACCUGCAGCUUCGAAAAUCAGCUGACUCAGCUGAAAACAGCGCCAGACCACGUGACCCUCUCACCAACAACCCCUACUAUGGCCUAAAUAGACUGGCUGACGUGUAUCAAAUUAUAUUAUUAUUAUUAUUAUUACAAUGUGUCGAGUAAAGUGGUAUCUCUGCCAAGUCGAGAGAUUUGAUUUGAAGCAGAACUGUUGUCGCGUGUCGAGAUAAAAUGAUAGAAGCACCGGGUCUCUUAUGGUACGAGCACCGGUCUGAACGACUGAGAAUAGAGUUUUUAAAUUAUUAAUUUAUAUGAAUUUGAUCUAAAUAGAAAAAACACUCGAUGUAACUUAUUUUAUUCUUCUAAUGUAAUAUUAUGUUUUAAUUAUAUUAUAUAUAUUAUGUACUUUACUUGCGAUGAAUGUGAAAGAGUUGUUGAUGGAUGAUGAUGAUAAUAUAUAUUAUAUAUCUUCAGAUGUGUCAAUCAGUUUCUUCAAAGUAGGAUGUAGUUGAUAUUUAUUGAAUGUUGAAAUUUAGUACAUUUAAUAACAUGGUUGUUAUCUGACCGGUACAUCACUUUUGUUCACUCAUCUCCUUGAGCAUAAAACACACAUUUAAUCUCUGAUCUUGUAGUGCAGGUCACUCGAUCUUAACGGGCGUCAACUAUAACGGGUGUCAAAUACAAUUAACACCUAUUGCUAUUGUCCUUAUCGCUUGUAAAUAAUCAUUUGAUGUGAGUAUAUUAAUAUAAGUUAUUGUAUUCAUAUAACAUUUGGAAUAAAAUGUUGCAUUUAAUUGUGAUAUAUGAUUUAGUGUAGUUACCUUAUAAAAUUAGGAUAGGACGACGAUAAUAAUAUUAAUAAUUACUUAUUGACUAUGUAUCAUCAAUACUGUGAAUCACUUCGACUUCUUUCAUGUUCCAAGUCUCAUUGAGAUUCCUCCCACUUUCAUUUUUCCAUGUAUUAUUCAAUGAAUAUAUUUUCGUAGUGCCACUUCUCCCAGUUCCACAAUUCCAAAAUUCCACUUUGAAUUUUGUAACUAAAUGGUUUGUCUUGUACUCAUCUACUUUUUACCACUUUUUUGGUUUAAUUAUCUCAGUAAAUAGUUGAAGGCUUCAAUUCGAUUGUAAAUAUUCUCAAACAGUCUACUAACAGAUUUAUAUACAACGUUGAACGUUUAUUAUUAAUUCAAAUCUUUGGUAAAUACUACAACGUUUUAAUUCAAUUACAGUUUCAAACAAACAAAAAGACUGAUUUAGAUUUUCAUAUUUAAAUUCGAGAUUGUUGUAUAUUUUCAAAUCAUUUAGAAUAUUCCAAAAUAAAUGGGUAGUUUUUAUGUUAGAACUCUGAAUUUAAAUCCAGAAUUUAUGCUUCAGUUGGUUUAUGGAUAUUCCCAAUUGAAUUCUUUAGAAGUAUAGGAUGGUCGCCUUCAACAUUUCGUUCAAAUCAUUUUAUACAUUAGCUUCAGUGGGGAUACUGUUCAGUGGGGGGAUGCUGGAGCUUCAAAUAUAUCUUGAUGCUGGGAGGAAUCACUGUCAAAAAUCGAUGAUGUGUUGUAGUCUUCAAAUACAUGGAAGCUUCUAGCGGACAUUAUCCCCACUGAAGAGUAUAUUUGAAGAUGAUGUAUACGAUAUUUGGCCGUUGUAUUCGACGGUACAGGAAUUCAGUCAUUCAAAUCACUAUUCUAACAAAUCGCUUCUGCUGUCGCCUAUGAGGUGCUUGAAAAAGUCUUGAUUAUUUUGAAACAACAGCUUGGAAAGUUGAACUUCCCUACAGAUUUUAUCUGGAUUCAAUAACCCAUAUUUGACUUUGCACUCUGCCAAAUGUUGAUCCAAGUAGGUUCGAAUUCGUGUCAGUUCUGUUGAAAUGUUCUGUCAAACUUCAGCCGAACUGACAAGAAUAGAAACAAACCCACUCUACACCAAAUACUUGGAUCAGCAUUUGGCAGUAUGCAAAAUAAAAUAUGUUUUUUUUAUCCAAAUCAAAUGUUCGACACCGCAUUAGGGAAGUUUAACUUUCCAAGUUAUGGUUUCAAAAUAUGCAAGACUUUUCUCAAGCAACACAAUACUAAUAGGUGACAUAGCAAAUGUGGUUUGUCGAGAUAGUGAUUUAAUGCGUUGAAUUUCCGUAGCUUCGAAUAUUAUAGUAAAAUCAUCAUAUACAUAAUCUUGAAAUAUACUCUUCAGUGAGGAUGCGUUCAUCUAGAAGCUUCCGUGUAUUUGAAAACUGCGGACAUCGAUUUUUGGAAGCGCUUCCUCCUAGCAUCAAGAUAUAUUUGAAGCUCCAUCAUCCCCACUGAAGAGUAUAUUUGAAAUGAAUAAAUUUCAUAUUAUGAAGUAGCUCUAACGAUGCUUUUCUGCUGUUUCAACUUAUUUAUACUACUGGUCACUCAAUAAUAUGCUUUAAUAUUACAUUUUCUUUCUGAGUCCCACAUUUUAUGAUUUACAUUAAUUGAAAAAGUACCAUUAUUCCAAUAACUCAUCGAUAUUAUUGAAACAAGAAAUCAGAAUUCCAUCUUGAUAAAUGCGUAGAAUACUCUUGAAACAAUCUAAUUUCCAUAUGAUCACACUCCAUUGGAACCAUCAAGCAUUUGUAAAUAUCUCUGUACUAUAUGAUUAUUUUGUGAUUGAUGGUAUGUAAAUUGUUUUAUGAAUAUUUUUCUUGUACAUGAAUUAUGUAAUCAUGUUUCCUAAUAUUGAAGGAUAUAAUAUAAGUGUAAUGAAUAUAGAUUGGAUUAUAUAUAUAUAUAAUUAAUUGUACUGAUAGCGAAGUGAUUUUCGUGUAUUGUAACUACUGUUUGUUGUCACCCUGCAUAGAGGUCGAGUUGAAUGACAUUCAAUUUAACUGUUUUUUUUUUUACUUAUGAGAUAAAGUAAUGGCAUUGAAGUGUUUUAAUGCUCAAGGAUUAGGUCUGUACUGGUCAAGUGUACGAUAGUAUAAGAAACUUGUAAAAAUAAAAUAUGCAGCUGUAUUAUUGGUGUAGUGUGCACUAUUUGCUAGAGAUUUAUUAACCGUGAAUAAGUUUCUCAAACUGAAUUAUGAGUUCAGUGAUUAUUCACUCCGAAUUAUUUUGAAAAGUAUAAUAUUAUUCUUUGACACACACAUUGACAUAACAAAAGGAUUUUUAAACGUUUAAAUUUCUUGUUGAUCACUACAACAAACAUUUUGUAUAAUCUAUUGUGUGAAAGUAUGUAUGAUGAGACUUUCCUGAAAUCUAAACUAAGUAACUUUGUGUAAAUAUAUUCCUUUCCAUUUAUUAAUAGAUAUUCGUUGAAUAAAUCUAGCUUGAAUGUAUUGUUUGUUUGUGCUGAAUUCUAACAUGAUUUUUGCGUGUGUGUUAGUUGAAUGUAUUGAGGUAAACAAUUUGUUUCUAAGAUAUUUAAGAGUAGGUACCCAUUCAAUUGCUUACAGCAGUUGAAUAUCCUCCAAUAUCUUUUUUAUGAAAUUUGUAUCCCACAAUCUAUCCUCCACAUGCACAAUUCCAUUCAGAGAGCCAAAACUUUGAAAGUUUCCCCCUCAAAGAGUUGACAUUUUGAAAUAUCUGAGAAGCUUAUAAUGUGAAACUAACCUUUCCCAAAACACUUUGAAAAUACAGUAGUUAUACUGAACCUUCAUGUUUUCUAAAAUAUUGAGCAAGUCUUCAAGUGCUUAAUCGUUUUGGUGCUUCUUAGUCCACUUGUAAUGAACUGAAUUUGAAAAUUGUCAAAGUUUUAUACAUCUAUUUGGUGUGCCUUAUCUGCCUUAGGCUCAAUUUGGCACGGAAUAAAAUUUCUACAUCAGUCUCUCUCCCUUCCAAAAUGAUUCCAUGAAUCAUUGAAUAUUUCUUAUUGAAUUUCUCCCUUGAUCCUCCAUCAAAUUAAAACUUACAAGGAAAUUGCUCAUUCGAGAAAACUUUUCACAAAUAUCAAUCAUUAAUUGAUAAUUAUUUUCUAUAUUGCAUUUGUCUCAGUUCCUUCCAAUAUUUUACUCCUUAUUUUUACAUUCCAUUACUUCACACGUAACUAAAUUGCGGUAUUUAUAGUAGGCCUACUGCCCAAAAUUAGUUAUUUUUCAAUGGAGUAGAAGAAUAGAGUAGAAAUUAAUCCAUGUAAUAGAAGAGUAUUCUCAGUUAAAAACUUCCAUUAUUUAAAGGAGAAUUAAAGAGAAUUUUAACUAUUUUAAUAAAUAAUAGAUCUUAUAUCAUUUUACAAUUUAAAGAAGUUUGAUGACUGACUCAAAUUGAAUUUUUCAAAUGUAUUACAGUUUAAUUAAAGUAUUUGACAGCUCAAAUCAAAGAAUGGAAGUCUUUGAUUUUGAAAAAAUACUUAUCGGCCCAAUAUCUGAUACACUAUUUCCUAAUGAUUGUUCCAUUGUGCCAUCCCUAUUUUUAUUUUUAUUCUUCAUUUUUUGAAACAUUAGAAAUAAACCCAGUAGCUACUGAUGGCUUGUAGCAAUACAGUACAAGUAGUAUCACUGAUUCUGGUAUUGGUGUAUCAUCUAUCUAAUUCUUAAUCUUCAUUUUCAAAGUUCAUGUUUGAAUUAUAUUAUGCUUUUAGUAAGCCAAUGUAUGAUCAUAUGUUUUAUAAUUUUUGUUUUUGUUUGAGAUGCUACUAUUUCGUAGUAGAUUCGUAUUAGUUCUAUAUUCUUUCAACCAAAAGUAGAUAUUAUUUCGGUAGUUUUUCCUCUCAUUCUCAAUAUUUUUCAUUUGGAAAACUUGUAUUCUAGUUGAAAAUUUGACAAAAUUUAUCUUAUUGGUAUGUGUAUAAAUUCAUUAAUGAAGAGUCGGAUGUCUUUUGAUAUAGAAUACUAUGGCUAUAAACAUGAUGUACAUUCACAACUCCCUUGUGAUAUUAAACAUUUUUAUUCUUUGAUAUCCUCAAAUUGAAUCGAAUCCAAGUCAUCCAAAAAUUAUCAAAAAAUUUUAGAAAAAUUCAUUAUCAUUUCGAUCUUAAUUGAAAUGAGACAGAAUUGAUUUUUUAGUUUUUGUAACACAUGAAUUAUUGUGUAAAUUAUUUUCUCCUUGACAUUUUAGUUACAAUUAGUGAAUACAGUCAAUAAACUAUUUGUGGAACAGAUCCUUGGACACAUAUUAGUUGGUGUUAUUGAAAUGUUUCCUUUUUAAAGCUUCUCAAGAGUACCCAUUUCACCAACCCCUGCCUAAAAAUGUUUCUGACUAUAUCUCAAUCAAUUCUGAUUUGAACUGCUGUACUCCUACUUAUGGUUUCACAUGUUGAACUGACUUGGAAUAAGAGUGUUGUUUUGUAAAGAGUUCUAACCAGCUUUUAAUGGUUUGAAAAUUGAGCCUAAGUUAAUCGGUAAUCUUGAUAGUAUGUAACAAUUACUGGUACUUAGUAGUAGAUCAUAAUUAGGUAUUUUCUGACGUGUAUGUAACAGCAAUCACUCUGUACAUGUAGGAUACUCUCUCAAUUUUAAUGUUUUGCUAGUAAUUGUCUCAAACGCCCGAAGUGGAUUCGUUUGUAGACUAUUAUAUAAUGUAAAGUAAAUAUUAUGGAUGUUCCCUUGAAUUCCCUGUGUAAUAUUGAUUCAAAUAUUCGUGUAUUUUACAAGUUCACUGUUGUAAAAUAAUUUAAUCUCAGUCUCUAUUCCAAUUGACUAUUGUUAGUUACUGUUUCCCUUAAUAAAAUCGAUGUAUCUUAUUCAAUGAACCGAGUUCAUUUGUGAUCUCAUUCUUUUAUUUUUUCUAAAUCAUGCAUAUUUAUAUAUACUCGAUAUUAUUCGUUCCAAAUAUCCAUAAAGUAUGUGCAAAAUAGAUAAAUGCUCAUUUUUGUAUUAUUCGGUGUGACUUUUCUGGUUUCUGACUAUUGCAGUAUGUAUUUUAAACAGUAAAACAUGUGUUUAAAGUCAAUAGUCCAACUUCAAAUCUCUCAAAUAACUCCUUUUAAAUUAAAUAAUUUAUGAUUUUAAAAAAAUUUAACUUGUAAUUAUUUAAAAAUUAUUAUUUAUAUUUGAAAGAAUAUUUAUUAUUUGAUGAACAAUCACGUCUAUAUUUUAUGUAUUUAAAUGUGAUUCAUUUCUAUAAUAAAUUAUAUAAUAUGUAAUAUUGAAUUUUUACUGUUUGUCAGUUCCUAGCAUUGGAACAAUAUUUUGUAUUCAACAAUAUGAAGAAAAUAUAAAAAAAAGUUUAUAAAUAAAUUUUAUUGUAGAUAGAUUAUUCUAAUAAUUAUUUUAUGAUCCGAGUUUCAUUGGAGUUAUGCCAGAAAUGUGGGAUCACAUGUAAGAAACAUAACGUUCAAAUUUAAAAUCAACACUAUCAAUCUGAUUCGAUUCUUCAAUGAUCUUGAAUUUUCUAUUUGAAGAGCCAUGUGUUUUUUCCUUCUUUCUCAAUAGUGAAAUUGUUUUUGAUUUUAACAUUUAACUUGAAUAAUCAUUAUCUCUACAUAAUAUAUUGAAUCUUCUUGUUACUUAUUCAAUCAACUAUUUUUUUACUGUGCUCAUAUGAAGAAAAUGUUAUAAAAUGGAAGUUCACCUGUAAACGCAUAUAAACUCUGAAUAUUUAUCGUAUUUGGGCAAUGUACAUAGAUGUAUGUUUAUCCACGACAUUUGAUGGGAAAUCUAAUUGUUCGUCUUUCUAUAGUACUAUGUGAGAAUCCAUCCAACUUUAUCGAUCGAUAUCAUAGAUAUGUAGCUAAUUUUCUUGAAUUAGCAAAUUGUAAGCUAAAUUUAUUUCUUAUGCGCCUUCUAUCCAUUAAUACUUAUUCUACUUGUUUCAUCACUUGAACAACACUGAGAACUUUCGCCUACAUUUCGAAUUAGGUUAACUUUUAUUUUUGUAUGAAUGGCCAUUUUUUUGACAAUAAUAUUGUACCAUCUCAGCGUAUUUCAUAUGUUCAAAGUUUUUCCUUGGGGUUUUGGAAGAGCUCAAACAAAUUUUUUUUCAAGAAAGUUAGUUGCAAACAGACCGUAAAUUUAUUCAAGCUUUCGCACUUCAAAAUCACAAGUAUUGUGGGUUUUUCACCUAUUUCAAUAGAAUGAAUAUAAUAUUGAUUAAUUCAAACUGGAGGAAAAAUGUACCGAACAGUCUACAUAUUAUAGAAAAAAAAUGCAAUUGCCGACUAUAUUUAUUUUUUGAAUAAUCGCUGGGAUGGAUUCUUAGUGAAAGUCUAUUAGUCCAUAAAACGUUUGUUGAAUUCUCAACAUUCUAUUAAAUGAGUAUUUUCACUAGACGGUAUUGGAUGUUAAUCAUUUUAGAGGAAACGAGUGCAAAAUGUAAAAUGUUCAACUUUAUUCUGAAAACAAAAAUAAAAUUUAUGUACUGUAUUUGAUGGUAUGGUGCUAUUGUUAAAUUUUUUCAGAAAUUCUCUCUUGCAACUAUUAAUGUGUUCAGUGGUAGAAAUUGACUUAUAUUUUUUAGGGAUUGCUUAAACAAUAAUAAUGUAUGGCCAUUUUUUUGGAUACUAGAAAUGAGGAUGGAUCUCCGAUAAAUUGUCGGAUGUUAAAUGUCAAUAAAUUAGAAAAUGCAAUUAUAUUGUAUUUUCAGUAUUGGGAACUAUAAAUUGAACUUUUGAUGGUUUAUGUGUCUAGAUAUGCCUUAUAUUAUAGCUGGAGUUUGUUUAAAUUUGAAAGUCGAAAUUCUAAUAUGUUCCUCAAUAAAUAAUAUGUGAACUGACUAUAAGAAUAGUAUGUCAGUACUUACUUGAAAUUGGAGUAAAUAGAUGACACAAAUUGACAAUUCGAUGAUGUUACUAUAUUACUUUUAUGUUUAUUCGUUUUGCUAUAUCGUCAAAACUUGUUAUUUUUGUAGAUUGAUAUUCAUGGAUUUUAUAUAUCAUAAUAUUCAAACUAGGCUACAGAUAGAUUUAAUGUAGCACAAAUCGAAAAAGCACUUUACUGUUAAUUUGGGUAGGGUUCCCAAUUGAUUCAUGCCAAUAUAUUUGCUUCAAUGAAUUUCCUUGUUCAUGCAACUUUGAAAAUAAUAUUGAAAUGAGAUUGUAUAGUGUUAACAUUAUUUUUUUUCAACAAAUUAUGUCAUUAUGUGGAAAACAGCUACAUUAGAAAUAUGCGAACUUUGCUCUCAACGAAUAAAAUUAAAAUAUCAGUCACUGUUUUCAACUGGCAACAAUGCAUAUUAUAGCACAAGCAUAUUUUGAAAAUGCAUUAGCACAUUAUUGAGUUGAAGAGGUUCAGAGAGGGGAAAGACAUUACUUUAAUAAAAAAGGGUAUAAGCAAAACAGAAUGAAAAUUAGAAAUUAUGAAGAGGUCUCAAAUGAGAAUAAUUUCAAAGAGUUUUCAGAUUGUUAUUGCAAAUAAUUAACUACCUUUCGGUAAUCAAUAAGAGGUUGAAAAUUGUAGUACUCACUUGUAAUGUUUCCUCGUGCUUCAACUGAUUUUAUAAAUUUCCCAACAUUUCAGAAAAUAAUUUAUCUAUACUGCAAUUGAUAGAGUGAUCAUACUACUCUUGAAAUUAGUUCCUUCUGUUGAUAUUUGAGCUUCAUUCAAGUGCAGAAAUAACUGAAUAGAAGCUUGAUUAUAAUUUAUCUUUACUGCAAUUGAUAGAUUGAUUAUACUACUCUUGAAAUUAGUUCCUUCUGUUGAUAUUUGAGCUUCAUUCAAGUGCAGAAAUAACUGGAUUGAAGCUUGAUUAGUUUUUAUUCAUCAUUUUUGCUCUCUAAAUUCUGAAAAUUGUUUUUUUUUUAAUACCUAGCUUUAGUUAUGUAGUUUCUUUUAUAUUGGAAUUGUAUUUACUCAUUUGAAAUAUCGAGAUCCACCAACGAUUGUUUCAAGUAAGUCGUAUGGUCGGAAUUUGUACAUAUAAAAUAGAAUAUAACGCGUAUGAAAAAAGAGCUGAUUUUACAUGUGCAAUGCAUAGCACUAUGCUCAAUAUAAAACUCGAGAAUUUCGUAGUGGUAUUGUCAUUUGACAAAUACUAAAUACUUUUUUCAAUUCAUCGUGUUUCCUCUCGUAUUUUCUCCAUUUACAGUAUUGUAUUUGUAGAAAUCCACUGUGCAUCAGCGAUGCAUAUCUUCUAUCUCUACUUGUAAAAUAUAUUUGAAAUGAAACAAUGUACAGCCUAUAGUUGAAUAAGAUAUCCUACAGUUGAAUUCAUCAGAGAAAUAUUUACAUUUAUACACGUCUAAUGAAAAGCCAUUAUGUAUUGCAAUCUCAAGUGGAGCAUGUUUUAUCUUAUUCGGUGCCAUUUUCUUGUAAAUAUAAAUAGAACGAUAGUAUUGAAAAUUAGAUUAAAAUGGUUUUCUGUUGAAUGUUUCACUGAAGGCACUAUCAACCGACAUCUUUUUAAAAACCGUGACUGUGAUGAGGAAAUUGUUAUAAUAACUAAUGAAAAAAGAUUUGCAACCAUGAAUUUAGUACAGUAAUUGUAACAUGGUGACACAUUAUUUUGUGCAAAAUUGAUAUGUAUUAAUAAUAACAUUGCUUACCGUAUCCCAUUUCAAUAGCCAUUUUCACAGUCUGAGGAAAACAGUAACAGAACAGAACAGUAUAAGUAGCUGCUCCAGUAAACGGUGAACUCCGUAAUGACCUUUUUGUCUCUUGUGGGUCUAUUGAGUGUUAUUAUUCAUACUAUCUGUGGUUUUCGUCAACGUAAAAUCUACAAAGCGAUUUACCAAUAUAUUUCUUUCUUGAAUGUGGAAGAUGGGGAAAAAACAUCUACAUACUCUAUGUUGAACUCUGUUGUAGGCAAUUAUCAAGCACCUUAGUCAUUACACUAAGCUACAUUAUGGAAAUGUUAAUUUUAUAACUGACUUUUGUACAAAAUAAAUAACUGUAAUGUAUGAA